AUGCAAUCGAUUCUGCUUAGAUGCUUUGGCCUUUUAUUGGUUUUGGGCAGCCUCAGCUGUGCCAAGGCGGCGCCACCUAUGGAAAAGGAAGCAGCCGAUCAGCUCAAAGUGGAGCAGCUAGUGCGUGUCUAUCCCAUCAGUGAGGAGGAGUAUGAACGUCUGCUCAAACUCACCGAUGGCAAGAAUGCCAUCUCUGAGGCUCGCUUAACCAGUGCCGGAUUCAGUUCGGUUAGGAACUCUCUGGACUCUGGAUGGCAUUCGCUUCUGCGCAUUAUGGGCCUAACCACAACCAGUCGUUCGGUGCCCACAAUCGACACUGAAGACCAGCCCUUAUGUGUGAUGAAGCGCAACAUCUCCGAUGAUGCUGCCAAUGGGGAGGACCCUGUUAUCAAUUGCGUUGUGGUGGUAAAGCCGGGUCUUGAACAAGAUCCGAUCAGUUCGACCACUCCCUACUUGGCUAUCUAUUGGGAUCCUGAAACAAACACACCAAUCGAGCAAACGGUGCCACAGCAGGAAAUCCAGCCAGCAACUCAAGCGGCUGCCGAGGUCGAUGUUCCUGUAGCGCAGGAGGAGCUAGAGAUGACAACAACCUCACCAGUGAUCUUGUUCACCCUUAUCGGGAAUAAUGCAGAGUUCAAGCAGAAAACCUCUGCCGUUGGUCCCACCUUGCGCCAAUAUGGCUCACCAUUUACACCACUUAGUGGAGGUGGUUAUGGCAGUUCUUUUGGCGCCUAUAGUCCCUAUGGUCUACCAUCCCAAUUCGGCCAGCCGUUAUACUAUCCACAACCGCAAUAUGGCCAGCAGUUGUACUAUCCACAACCGCAAUAUGGCCAGCAGUUAUACUAUCCACAACAGCAUUAUGGCCAGCAGUUAUACUAUCCACAACCAUACUAUGAAGAAAAUGAGGAAGAUAAUGAUGAUGAAGACGAAGAUGAAGAUGAGUACGAAGAAGCAGACUACUAG